AUGGAGAAUACGGCUGAUACAACAAGUAAGGUGUCAGGUCGUCCUAGGGUGGACCUGGAGCCGUACAAGGCCGAGGUCAUCGGCCUGUUCGAAAAGAAAAUGAAGAGUGACGACAUUUGCAAGCACCUGAAGAGGCAGCAUGAUAUUCAGAUCUCAUCGCGUACUCUAUCCAAACGCCUACAGCUAUGGGGUGUCAAGAAAAAGAUGGAAAACAAUUCCUCCAAUGAAGCACUGCACGCCCGCAUCAAAAACCUUUUCUUCGACGUCGGUCUAACCGACCAAGAGAUCGUAACCGUUCUACACGACGAGGGCUACGAUGUCUCCCACCGUACGCUCCGCAGACUCCGUCACCAGCUCGGCAUUCGCCUCCGCCUUGACUCACCUACACAACAACAAGCACAGGUCCAGGAGAUCCUCGAUGCUCUGACCGAGGAAAUGGACAAAGGGACCAUUGAGGGAUAUGGGAAGGAACUACUGCACAAUCACUUCCGAAGUAAGGGGUACGUCUUUGCCCGAGAUCGCCUUUACAGUGUCUAUCGCAUGCUGCGUCCGGAUACAGUGGAACGCCGCACGAGCGAUAUACCGCGACGUCCUCCCCCGCCAAAGAUUCUAGCCGGGCCUAAUUUAACCUGGCACGUGAAUGGGUACUCAAAGCUAGCCAAUUUUGGGUUCCGCAUCCAUGCCGAGCUCGAUGCGUAUUCUCGAUAUGUCCUUUGGAUUCAUGUUGGCGUAGAUGCGCACACCGCUGUGGGCGUUCUCAAAAACCAUCUUGAGACUGUUGCUUCUAAGAACCGCCAACCACGCACUCUUCGAUCUGACCUCGAGUCCGAGGUUCCUCUUCUAGCCGAUGCUCACUUUGCGCUCCGCCGUAUCACUGAGCCCGAUGUCCAGCGUGAGCAGUGCUGUGCACCCGGACGAGCUGCAGACACCCACCGAAUUGAAUCCUGGUGGGCCCAGCUUGCUAAAUCAGUAGUAACACUAUACCAUGUUCGUCAACUUCCAAGUUUCACAUGUUCCUCUCACAUCCAAUCGCAGAAUACUGACCUCAACCAGAACUAUUUCCGCGAACUUCACAACGAAGGCAUCUUCUCAUCAACAGUAAUCCCCGAACAAGUCGCCCUCUUCGCAAUCUACAUGCCCACCCUCCGCUCCCACAUCAAAUCCUACGUCCAGACCUGGAACAUGCACAACAUUCGCAAACAAACAGACCACCCAGAGCGCACCCCCGGAAAACCCUAUAUGAACUAUCAUCACCCACCCAAGGGCGUAGAGAACUUCGGCCUCCCAGCCGACGUCCCGACGCUGCAGCUCAUGCAACAAGAUUACGUCGGCUACGAUACAGAGCAAUACCUACCGCCAGACACCCUGCAUUGGUGUGAGGCGCAACUCCAGCAGCUGGGCUUCGAUCCUCAUAAACCGCCUGCUCGGAUGCCUGGCGACCUCCAGCCAUUCCGCUCAGUUUAUUUGGCCCUGCGUGAGCGCGCGUGGCACCAUGAACGAUCGGGGGCUGAACCCAAACUGGCGGUUUGUGGACUUGCUAGUCAAGGCUUACGAGGUUAUUUCCCCUCUGGGCCUGCACAGUAG